AUGGAGACUCAAAACGCCAAUCCCACGAUUCUCAGUGUAUCCGACCUCCCCAGUCGCCGCCUUGAGCAGAAGAAAUCCUCGCCGUCAAGUCUACUCUCUGGAACAGUCCCCGCAUACACCAGAGAUCCGUUCGCCACUGGUACGGGAGCCGACUACUCGAGCUCAGACGACGAUGAAAGCGAAGAUGACUCAGUAGUUGAGAAGAUUGACGAGCAGGAGAUCUAUGACUUAAUCGCCACAAUCUCCGACCCCGAACACCCUCUCACUCUCGGCGAACUGGCAGUACUUACACCGACAAUCAACCACUGCUCCCUCGCCACGGUCAUUGGACUGGGAGUACGAGUCAGACUUGAGCAAGCGCUCCCGCCACGGUUUAGACUGGAUGUGAGAAUACGGGAGGGAACGCAUGCAACUGGGGAUCAGGUGAACAAGCAAUUGAAUGAUAAGGAGAGGGUUGCCAGCGCUCUGGAAAAUGAAACUUUGAUGGGUGUCGUGGGUAAGAUGCUAGAAAGUUGCAAGUAG